UGUCCACAGUUUGCUGCUGUUACCACCAGCCGGGGAAUUCUCUGGCUGUUUAGACUAAGUCAGCACACAGGCAGUUUCUUGGUCAGCUGGAUGCGUCUGUCGGCCACUCUGGAUCAUUGCACUUAUCAAGCCGGUUCAGUUGAGUGGACGCAGGUUGCAAGCUUGCAAAAUAAGGGAGGAAAAAAGAUAACCCAAGCCCGGGAGGCUGCAGGGCGGUUGUUUUUCGGGUUCAUCCGGAGUGGUGUGCUGCUGCUCCGCCUGAUCGGAAGUGAUUUUAGUCCGGUUCCUUCGCCCAUGGCUCCCGCUGGCGCCUUCAAACACCUGAGCCUGGUGCUGGGCGCAGCGGUGGCCGCCCUGGGCUCCCUCCUUUUCAUAGCCUGGAAAAUCUACUUCCGAGACGUCAACGACAGCUGUAUCGGCUGGAGGGGACGCUGGGAGCAGCAGUUGGAAGCGGAGCUGGGACGCAACGCUCCUAAUGGGGAGAAGCCGCUUUCCUCGGAGCAUCAGGUUUUGGUUCUAGGUUUGGAUGGGGCUGGAAAGAGCAGCAUUAUCCACUAUGUCUGCAGUACAGAAGCCAAGAUGUGCAUAGCACCCACUCAGGGCUUCAAUUCAGCACAACUUCAGGCCAGCGGGCUCCAGAUGGACCUCCUGGAGGUUGGUGGCAGCCAGAAUCUACGCUCCUACUGGAAUCACUACCUCAGCAAAGCCCACGUCCUAGUGUUUGUAGUGGACUCUGCAGAUGGCCCACGCCUUCACACUGCCCGACAGGAGCUCCACUGCCUACUAGCCGAGGACCCUCAGUUGCCUUUGAUAGUUCUGGCGAACAAACAGGACAAGAGCGAUGCACUGAGUGUGGCAGAACUACAUGAGGAGCUGGCCUUGCACACCUUGAACAAUCAGAGGGAAUUCUUUCUCCUGCCCACGAGUGCUACUUAUGCUGGCCUGGCCACUGCAAACAGCAUUGUCCACCUGAAGAGCCUGCUGGUCAAACUCCUGGCCCAGGCCUGAAAGUUCUUAAACAUCUCCAGGAUAUUCAGACCAGAUGGAUCCAAUACGGCUUUAUUUCUCGCAGCAGCAGCCUAUUGAGAUUUUAUCUGCAGAAUUGGGGAUAAACAGGCUCUUCCAAGUUCUCAAAGGAAGAACCUUUUAGGUGUUCCUGUUCCGGAAAGGACUCCUACUGCCAAUAUGACCUCGGAAACUGCCUCAGAAGGAAGUACAACAGGGGCAAAAUAAACUGUCUAUGGGGAUAAUACCAUAAUCUCAGAGGGUGGCUGCGGAUAGCUGCUGCUGUACAGCUCUAGGGAACUGCAAUGUCAAUACUUGCACUAAGAACUGUAAUUUUGUCUUAAAGGCUCUGCUACCACCAGAUCUAUAGGAAGGCUCUCCCCUGUGCUAGUUAGCACAUUCUUUGCCUAGGAAAGGGCUGGAAUAUCUGGUUCCUCACUGUCCUUUUGGGACAGUGGGAGAUUGAUCUUGUCCCUCAGAAAGAUUAUUCAAUCCUACCUGCAGUUAGUAGAGAUGCACCAUCUCAGGUUGGUUGAUGGCUAGUCUGAGACAAGGAGAUAUAUUUGGCAUCUCAGCAGAACAUGUCCAGGCAGCUAUGCUGUUGAGGUGCCCCAGUGGAAUCUUAGCACUUUUUAACAACUUUUAUUGCACUCAUGAGUAGCAAUCGCAUUUGAUAAAUAACUGGUGGCUUAGCUACCCCCUCUCCAGCACACUCAAUGCUCUCAAUUAAUUGCUAUCCCUUAUCGCAAGAGUUGGGGAACCUUUGUUCCUCCAGCUGUUGCUGAACUACUCAUCAGCCCUGGCUGUUGGCCAUGCUUGCUCAGGCUGAUGGGAGUUGUAGUUCAGCAACAGCUGGAGAGCCAAAGGUUCCCUAUUCCUGGCCUUAUAAAGUUGGAACUAGCCCCUUGAGGUAGAGCCAGUGCUCUUCCUCAGCUGCAAAAGGCAAGUCAGUCUCCAAUGAAUUGCUACCUUUAUAUACUCAAUACAUGUUUGCUUGCCUGCUGCUUCUGAGGUAAGCAACACUUGUGAAUUUCAAGGAACUGGGAAAUUUGAGUUGCUUAGUGUGUAUGGCUGGGCGCAGCACAACCUAUGUGCUAAUGUAGCUGAACAUCCCUUUGGUGCUAUGUUUGAUCUCAGUCACCUGGUUCAGGGCUAUCUAUCAUUCCUCUAUAAUCCAUAUUCCCUCUGAGGUAGAAGCUGAGCACUCAGUGGUGGCUGACACACGCCAAAGCCUCCUUGUUCAGGCUGCUAGUGAUGUAGAAGUUGGUCUCGCACAAACCACCAGAGCUUGGAAAAGUUACUUUUCUGAACUCCCCUUAGCCCCAGCCAGCAUGGCCACUGGAUUGGGCUGAUGGGAGUUGUAGUUCAAAAAAACAACUUUUCCAAGCUCUGCAAACUACAAAUCUUGCCUCUAGCAAAAGUACUAGUACUACAUGUUCAGCCAGCCCUGUAAAGGCAGCUUGUUCUUAUUAGCACAAAGCUAAUCCAGUCAGCACGUGCUUUCUUAAACAUUGCAUUUGCCAA